UGUGAUUGGCUGAGCUGCUGGUCAGAUCAGCAGUAGCACAGCAGGCAGCCGCAGGCAGCAAGAUGGGCUCCAGUCGCUCCAGCCUGAGCCUCGUCCCGGACGGCCAGCAGCUCCUGCAGGAAACCGGAUUCUCUGCAGCCCACCUCCUGCGUCUCCAUGAGCGGUUCCGCUUCCUGGACAAACACGGCAGGGGUCACCUCAGGUCCGAGGACUUGGAGGCGGAGCUGUCUUUGAAUCCCAUCGGAGACCGGAUCGUCGGAGCGUUUUUCCAGCCGGGACAGGAAGCGGUGGACUUCCCCUCGUUUGUCCGGGUUCUGGCUCACUUCCGUCCCAUGGAGAAGAACCGGACCUGUGCCGCCGUGCAGCCGGAGCGGGCCAACAGCCGGAACCGGAAACUCAAAUUUGCCUUCCAGCUGUACGACCGGGACCGAGACGGGAAGAUCUCCAGAACCGAGCUGCUGCAGGUGCUGAGGGAGAUGCUGGGGCUGCAGGUGACGGAGGAGCAGCUGCAGAGCAUCGCGGAGCGCGGCAUCCAGGAGGCCGACCUGGACCGGGACGACGCCAUCUGCUUCGACGAGUUCAGGAAGUCGCUGGAGAAAGUGAACAUCGAUCAGAAGAUGAGCGUUCGCUUCCUGGAGUAAAGAUUUCAUUCACCUGGGACCAGGUGGGGCGACUCGUUCCCAACCUGUUGCUGUUCCAUCCUGGACCCGUUUCCUCCAGAACGCCCCACACGACUUCCGGACAGAACCCAGUCAAAUUUUACUCCUUGUUAAUGAUUGAAGCCAAGAGGAUGAAGGUGUCAAAACAUCUUGUAAAGCUGGUACCACCAGCAGCUGCAGCAGAACUUCCUGUUUGACUCUCAGACGUUUGAUGGAUUGACGGCCUCGACGAGUUCAUGAAGCCCGUCCCUGAAACUGCUGAAGUCAACAUGUCGAUACCUGCUGUUUUGGCUUUUAUUAAAAAAUGAAUGUUUGGCUUCCAA